GGGACGCGCCCGCGGGUCGGCCGGCGAGGGUCAGCGGCCGCUGGGUCUCCCUGUGGCAUAAUUCAUUUGCGUGCCCUCCAUGAUGGUGCCCUUCCCUAAAUGACCCGUUCCAUCCCAGCUAGACUCUAAACGCCAUCGAGGACUGUUUUAUGUGCUGUUGAUUUGUGAGUAAUCAGAAAUGCAAAUAACCCCUCAGGAAUCAAGCUAAACUCAAAGAAACCUUACUUACAAAAUUCAAGGAGUAUAUCAUGGAGUGCCAGACUGAGAGAAAGGGAAAACACCAGCAUAGCUUGAAUUUACUAGAUAAAAUUAAAAAUAUGAAAGAAUUAGAAGAAAUGAUUGAUGUAGUGCUCAUAGCAGAAGAGGAGAAAUUUCUUUGCCACAGAUUGGUCCUUGCUGCAUUUAGUCCUUAUUUCAAGGCUAUGUUCACCUGUGGACUACUGGAGUGCACUCAGAGGGAGGUCAUACUCUACGACAUCACAGCAGAAAGUGUAUCAGUGAUCCUAAACUAUAUGUACAGUGCAGUUCUGGAGAUCAAUAAUGCCAAUGUACAGACCGUAGCAAUGGCUGCCUAUUUUAUGCAGAUGGAAGAAGUCUUUGGGGUGUGCCAAAAAUAUAUGAUGGAUCACAUGGAUGCUUCCAACUGCAUUGGAAUCUAUUAUUUUGCAAAACAAAUUGGAGCAGAAGAUUUAGCUGAUCAGUCGAAGAAGUAUUUAUAUCAGCACUUUGCUGAGGUAAGCCUACAUGGAGAAAUACUAGACAUUGAAGCGCACCAGCUUCUGGCACUUAUUAAGUCUGAUGACUUGAAUAUAACCAGAGAAGAGAGCAUUCUAGACUUGGUUCUGAGAUGGGUAAAUCAUAACCAAGCAUUGCGCACAGAGCAUCUCGUUGAGCUUUUGAAGCAAGUCAGACUGGAACUUAUAAAUGCUGCCUUUCUAAGACAGGCUCUAAGAAGGAACACGAUGCUCCUUUGUGAUGGUAGCUGCAUCGACAUAAUCCAGAACGCAUUCAAAGCCAUCAAGAUGCCCCAGCAGCAUUCCCCUAAUCUUCGCUAUGGCAUGGAGACCACCAGCCUGCUGCUUUGCAUUGGGAACAAUUCUUCUGGAAUCAGAUCGCGGCACAGGAACUAUGGGGACGCCAGUUUUUGUUAUGACCCCAUGUCACGGAAGACCUAUUUUAUUUCAUCACCCAAGUAUGGGGAGGGUUUGGGAACAGUGUGCACUGGGGUAGUCAUGGAAAACAAUACUGUAAUUGUGGCUGGAGAAGCAACUGCCUCUAGGCUUUCUAGGCAAAAGAGCAAGAAUAUUGAAAUUUAUAGGUAUCAUGAUAGAGGAAACCAGUUUUGGGAAAAGUUAUGCACAGCUGAAUUUCGAGAGCUCUAUGCUCUAGGCAGCGUUCAAAACGACCUCUAUGUUAUAGGAGGACAGAUGAAAAUUAAAAACCAGUACCUCAUUACAAACUGUGUUGAUAAGUACUCCUUAGAUCAAGACAAAUGGAAACGAGUGUCUCCCCUUCCACUGCAGUUGGCUUGUCAUGCUGUGGUGACAGUGAACAAUAAACUGUAUGUCAUCGGUGGAUGGACCCCUCAGAUGGAUCUUCCUGAUGAAGAGCCCGAUCGAUUGAGCAACAAACUGUUGCAGUAUGACCCCAGCCAAGAUCGAUGGAGGGAGCGGGCACCCAUGCAGUACUCUAAGUACCGAUUCAGUGCAGCUGUCGUCAACAGUGAGAUCUAUGUUCUGGGUGGAAUUGGCUGUGUGGGCCGAGACAAGGGACAAGUUCGGAAAUGCCUUGAUGUGGUGGAGAUCUACAACCCUGAUGGGGACUUCUGGCGGGAAGGCCCACCUAUGCCAAGUCCCCUCCUCUCACUGAGAAGCAAUUCCACCAAUGCAGGUGCCGUGGAUGGGAAGCUCUAUGUCUGCGGGGGAUUUCAUGGAGCAGAUCGCCAUGAGGUUAUCUCCAAAGAGAUUUUGGAGCUGGACCCUUGGGAGAACCAGUGGAAUGUUGUCGCCAUCAACGUCCUCAUGCACGACAGCUAUGACGUCUGCCUGGUAGCUAGGAUGAACCCCCGAGACCUCAUCCCACCACCCUCAGAUCUGAUUGAGGAAGAUGGUGACCACCGAGGGCAAAGAUGAGGGUCUCGCAGCUGGAGGAGCCAUGGCCUGGCAGCCAGACCUCAGAUUCAAGACCCAGCAUGCUGUGUGGUGCUGAUACUCUCAUUGCAUGCAUAGCGGCCCCUGUGUCAAGCUGUACUGAGCAGUGGCCGGGGUGGAUGGUACAGGGUCUUCCCUUAGGGGCAUCCCAGCCUGGCAAAGUAGAUGGGGCAGUGCAGGGUAGAUAGUGAGGGUUCAUGGGAGUGGGACAGGGAGUGCAAGGAGGACAGCAGCCUGGGUGCUAGGGACUCAAGAACACUGCCCAACAGUCCAUGGGUGCUUUUGAUGAUGGGGCUGUGGGAGCCACCAUUCAAAGGCCCUCAAGUGGGAACGCUGGUGUGUGUCUGUGGCAUCUAGUCCAGCCGGUCACACUGCUUGCACACAGGAUUUGCCACAGAGGGCAAAAAGGUUAUAACUAGGUGCCCAUGCCUGGAUGAGGAAGGAGUCAUCUCUCUUGGAGCGUUGCCCCAGCUUUGUCUCUUAGAACGCUCCUGACCUUCAGCAGCAGUGCCCACUGUGGGCCAAAUGCUCAUACCUGGACCCCAGCUCUGUUGCCAUGGACCACAGUGAGCAGAGCAUUCCUGGCCACAGAGGGGCCCCUCGGGGUUAGUACUGCGUGUCUAGACUGAACCUGCCCAGGGCCUCUGCCAAGCCCUCAGCUGUACGGGACCCUCCUCAGGUUGAGGCUGGCUGAACAGAGCAGGUCUAAACAUGGGGACACAGAUUCUGAGUGAGGAGAGAAGAGGCACCCAUUGGCUAUCUGCCCCUCCUUCAGGUCCCUCCCCUGGCUGGGAGGGUAGGUGAAGCCUACUCCAGCCCAAGCAGGGCACUGUGAGCUCUCCCCAGAUGUGCAAUUACACGUGGAAACCCGCCUGUUUUGCGUCCAUUCAUAUUUCUGGACGCACAGCAGAUCCAUUUGGUGGCUGUUCUCCAGCGACUUCCCACAAGCUCCUGGGUAAGCAGGGUGGAUGCCCUGGGAUCUUCCCAGAGAACCACAGACCCUGCAUGGGGACAGUGUGUGCUCUCCAGGCCCCAACCUCUCCCUGAUGGGAGAAGCAGACCAGUCAAACUGGAGCCAGUUGCAACUUGUUUCUCACACCAAGGUGGAAAUUCUGGGGGCCCAGCACAGGUGCACCUCCAGAAGGCUACACUCUGGGAGGCAGGGACCAUGUCUGUCUCUCUGAGGUCACCCCCUAAGUCCCUAUUGCAGUAUCUCACACAUAGGUGGAGUUUUGGGUGACCAGAAUAGACAACUAGUCUAAACUAAGAUCUUCUUAGUCUCUGAGCCUAUCUGGGACUACCAGUUCCAGUAUCUUCAUUCUGCCCCCUAGUGGAGAGUGAUAAUCUUUCCUUUUCUCAGACAAACCAGAGCUACUCCUCUGGGAGUAGCCAGUUUGGGGAGAGGCUCUACAGGGUCUCUACCCCCAUGAGUUCCUUUCCAGAAUCCCUGUCCCUGCUCACCCACCUGGGCGUGUUAGAAGCUGCCUGUCACCUGUAUCAUGGACUGCAGUGGCUUAUCUUCCAAAUGCACUGGCCACUUGGAAGCCAGGACCAUGGGCGGAUCUUUCCAAAUCUUGCCUUCCUUCUAUACUGAUGGGAAGGAAACCCCCACAUCUUUACAGGGUUGGUGUGUGGACUGAGUGAGAAAACACUGAGUGAAAUACUGUGUUAAACACAAAUACCGUGAACAGGUUUUAACUGCUGGCCUUUGUACUGCCACCAUGACCAGCAUCUCCCAGGAAAAAGCGCAGAACAGAACAGAAACCAGGACCUUAGUGGGGGUCUCAGAUUUCAGGAGAGAAAUUGGUUUUAAUUUCCCCUGUGCUUGGCUCCUUGGGUCUGCAGCCCUUGAGAACAUAAGUAGAUGCCUCCAGGGGCCUGAGAUACUGAGAGCCACCCUGGGCUAGGACACCAUUGUUGUCAACGAUAGGGAGUUUGGGAAAGGACGGGAAUGCUGGAGGAGGACUUGGAAGAGCAGCUGGUCUCCGUGGAGCAGACGUGUCCCAGAGCUGGAGGAGAGGCAGGAGCUGGGAAUAUUCUCAACUUUUUUCCCAACAGGCACUUCCAAGGUCUCAGAUGUCUGAUGUGAACUCCUUUUGUUCUACAUCCAGAACCCAGAGUACAGGUUUGCCGGCCUCAGUGCUCACUUUCAGCUGGGGCUUCUAGUCUGACUUCCCUAUUUGUGAUUCAAAACAACCCUCGCUGCCCUCCCAGAGAACUAUUGUUAGAGAUUCCAUUUGAACAGACCUUCCUGUUACUCCUUCACUGUCACUGAAGGUCUUCUGACACUGCACGAAGGCCCCUUAUAAAAUGUCUACUACUGGGGCUUCUUAUCUUCGUGACGCAGGACUGCUGGACGUAGAGCGAGGAAACACAAUGGGGAAGUAAUUUGGAUGCUGGGCUGAUAAAGGACUGCAGCUGUCAGCCUCACUGACUCAGUUUGUGCUCAGCAAGAGGCAGCAUUGUUCUCAAGCUGACUUUAUAAUGAAGAAAUGCUCUGACUGCAGACUUCUAAAAUACAUUUUUGCUAAUGAACAAUA